AUGCCGUUCAAGCAGCACGGCCGUCAGUACGACCUCGUCGUGCUGGGUGCCACCGGCUAUACCGGCCGGUUCGUAGCCGAGCACGUUGCUGGCCAUCUCCCGACGAACCUCAAAUGGGCCGUUGCCGGACGCUCAGAGGCGAAGCUUCAGGCCAUCAUCGAAGAGUGUGCCAAGAUCAAUGCGGACAGGCUUCCACCGAGCAUUGAGAUUGCCAAUGUCGACAGCGUGGCCGAGCUGCAAGCCCUCGCAGAGAAGGCCUUUGUCGUCAUCACCACUGUCGGCCCGUACUGCAUGUACGGCGAAAAGGUGUUCAAGGCAUGCGCUGACUCGGGCACCCACUAUCUGGACUGCACCGGCGAGACGCCGUGGGUGGCCCGCAUGAUCAGGCGAUAUGAGGAAACGGCACGCAGCACCGGGGCCAUCAUGCUUCCCCAGACUGGCGUCGAGUCGGCGCCCCCCGACCUGUGUACGUGGGCGCUCGCCCGCUUCCUGCGGGCCAAGCUCGACGCGCCCACGAGCGACGUCGUCAUCUCCCUUCACAACCUCAGCUCUGCCCCUUCGGGUGGCACUCUCGCCACCGUCCUGAGCAUCUUUGACUACUUUUCCCUCGACGAGCUGCGCGCUUCGAGCAAGCCUUACGCCUCGUCCCCCAUCCCGCACCCGGAGAAGGCUCGGCCGACCCCGACCCUGCUGCAGAGAUGGUUGGGCGUGUGUAACGUUCCCAACCUCGGCGUGCUAACCACGUCCAUCGCCGGCCGCACCGACGUCCCCGUCGUGGAGCGCUCAUGGGGCCUGCUGUCCCAGAUUCCCUCUCGCAAAGACCAAUUCUACGGGCCUCGGUUCAACUGGGUUGAGUACUACAAGCCGCGCAACUGGCUGCACGGUAUCCUUGUACACUUGGGGCUUGUAUUUGGCACCGCGAUGCUCGCCCUCUUCCCGCCCGUGCGUACCUUGGUGAAAAGAUUUGUUUACCAGCCGGGUGAGGGCCGGACCAAAGAGGAGAUGGCCAAGGAGGAGAUCGAAUACCGCGGCGUCGCCACGCCGGACACGCCGACUGCGGCAGGCAAGCAGGCGUACUGCAGAGCCUGGUUCCACGGCAGCAUGUACUACCUAACGGCCGUGUUCCUGGCGCAAGGAGCGCUGACACUGUUGGAGGACGACGUCGAGCUCGAAGGUGGAGUAUACACGCCGGCUUGCCUUGGGCAAGGCUUCGUCGACCGCGCCAACACGGCGGGCUUCAAGAUCGAUGUCAAGAUGAUUCAAAACUAA